AAUUUUGGACAAAAUAUUCCGACCCCUUCGCUCCACGCCCUCCUCUUCCCAGACCCCUUCUCUCUUUCUCUCUCUCACUCGGUCUCUCUCUUCCGUAGCCUUCCUCCUCUUCGCUCAUCACGCCAUCUCUCUCCCGUAGCCUUCCUCCCUUUCGCUCAUCACGCUCGAACCCCAUAUCUUGAACCCCAAAUCGCCCCAAUCUCGAACCCCAUUGUCGGUUGUCUCUCUCCCUCUCGUUCUAAACGAAGGGUAGCCACCACCCCCUUCGUCGUGCUCGUCUCUCUCCUUGAAAUUGUCAUUACGGAGUCGAGUUAUAGAUGCUUCUCUCACUCUCAUUAGUGAGACGGCAAAGCUCAAGAUUCGUGUAGGCAAAGAUGCAUUCAAGCUCUCAAACAGUCACUUGCCAGUUGUAAUAAUCUUUUUAUAAAUGAUGAUAUAUAUGAGCCCUCGGGUCCUCAUGAAAUGGGUAAUGAGCUUUUAUCCCGCACCUGAGCCAAGAGUUCGAACAUUUCGCUCUCCCAUGUUGGCCUGCUUGAUUAGCUGAUUGCAAGUGAAAUCUUUCCUGUUACUGCAGUGAAGGCCCUCCUCUACCCCGGAAUUGGGUUUUUUUAGUUUAUGGGAUUGUGUAGGUACAUUCUUGGACUUUGGAUUGGUUUUAGUACAUUGGGUUUUAUUUGGUUUUGUGCAGGGAGAGCUUGUGCGUGCUUUAGGAGGAGCUGUGGCAUCCACAUCUCUUCUUGGAGUUCCUCUUGGACAUAACUCCUCGUUUCUUCAAGGGCCGGCCUUUGCACCUCCAAGGAUUAGAGAGGCUAUCUGGUGUGGGAGCACCAACUCAACAAUUGAAGAAGUGUAUAGAUGUCGCAGUUGAUCACUCGUCGUCGGAGUGUGUCCAAUGCAGCUCCUGCAUUAUCAGCAUCUAGUGCUCCAGGCGUGAGUGCUCCAUUGAUUGGGGAGCCUACACCCCUUACGGAGGCUACUCCUACGACGUCCCAGGUGCCCGUAUCAUCAACGUCAUCAGUGUCAGUUGAGCCUCUCAGUGCACGGCGGCCUCACCGGCGCCGCCGCAAGCCGGAGCCUUCUGAUCACACUUCCUCGUCCUCCAGAAUCGAGGAUGGGGCCUCCUAACUAGCUAAAAAAAACACCAGGGGGCCCAAUCGAAUGUUGAAGGAGCUACAUCUUGUACGUAUGUCUGCCUCCUUGAUCAAAAUUGUGUAUGAUGAGCGACAUCGUGGAGCGGUUACCUCACAGCAGCAUAACAGCGUCGUUAAUUGCUGUGGUUUUAUUAUUAGGAAUUUUUGUCCUAUGCGGUGGGAGAGUUGGGCAAAAAUUCCCGAGGAGACGAGGACCCUGGUGCGAGACAAUUUGGAGGUCGUUUUUGAAAUGGAGGACAUAUCCCCUGAGGUCAGUGCCUACUUAGAGAAGACCUUAGCAAGCCGGUACAAAGAUUGGAAGAGCGCUCUUCACAAGCAUUUUCAGCUAUGGGAAUCUCCGGAGAUUGCUCGCCUACAGGGUUGCCCACUUGAGUAUAAGGAGCGGCGAGAGGAUUGGGAGUGGCUCUGCACACAUUUUACGGAUCCAAAAUUUUUGAAGAAAUCUGCUGUUGGCAAGAAAGCUCGGGACUCAAAGACACUUCUCCACCAUUCCGGUUCGAAGCCUUUUUCGUAUAGGGUUGAGGCACGACGUGAGGAGGGUUCUAAGUUCCCACAGAUUGACCUGUUCAAGCAUGUUUACGUUCAUCCCAACAAUGAGAACAAUGACCAGCUUUAUGGUGAUAUGGUGGAAAAGAGCAAUGCUAUUCUCCAAGAAGCAACAUCGCAGCUUCCCCCAAAGACCCCGAUCGAGGACGUCAUUGUACCCAAGGAUGCAGAUGCUCAGAUCGUGACUAAGGUCUUGGAUCAAAAGUUCAGUCGUCGUCAUGGUAAGGUUGUUCGGUGUACAGGGAAGGUGGGGGUUCGUGAAACGGGUGCCUCUUCUUCCAGUUUGUCCACAGGAGAGGUCAAUUCCUUGAAGGAGGAAGUGACAACCCUAAGAGGUCAGGUUGCGGCCAGGGCGACCACAUUAGGGCCCAGGACAAGAGGAUGAAUAUGAUUGUUCAGGCCUUAGCGAUGUCCGGCCUCCAAAUCCCGACGAUGCCAGCACCUAAUGUUGCUCCACCUUCGACUUCCCAGCCAUUUCGCCCAGACGAUACCGAGUAGCAUGAUGUAUUAAACUUAGAAGACUUGUAGUUUUUUAUUUUUUUGUUUGGACAAACGUACAUUUUCAUAUAUUCUAUAAUUAAUUACUUUUUCUUGGUUUA